AUGAAUCGCGACCUGUCAACAGAGCAGCGAAGAGUUGUGCCCACGACAAUUUCCUGGAAUACUCAGAGCACCCAUGCUCAAGUCCUGCCGCUUAAUACUGGAAUCACCAGCGUCGCAAACGUGCCCUCCAAGAUUCUGGCCAGUAUAUUCCAUGCAUACCGGGCGCUGGUCUCCAGGAUCUCCGAAUUUGUUACGGUCUCUCAUGUCUGUCGGACAUGGAGGACCGCCGCGUUGGAAGAUGCCUCGCUGUGGGGGUAUCUCGACACCAUCAUGGGAGAGCAGUGGUUGAGAGAAAGUGUGGAGAGAUCCAAGCAAGCGCCGCUUUCUAUCGACCUGGAGCUCUCAGCGGAAAUGGCGGAACCCUUCAAGGAUCUCCUCCCUCACAUUUGGAAGCCAUCCCGGUUACGAUGUGUUCGCCUGACAGGGGACCUCGCAUUCCUUCACCCCCUCGCAGUGCUACAUCCCCUGGACACUAACAUAAUGUCACCCCCUCAGCCGAUCCCAUUCCCACUUCUUGAGACGCUCAUCCUCUGGUCUUCACUAACACUCCCUACCAGUCUUGUGUCCGAUUCGUCAGAUAUGAGCCUGACACCCCGCCUCUUUCCCCAGCUUCGUGCCCUUGAGGUAGUGAGGGCGGGGUGGUACCCUCGCUUUACCUCCCCAUUUCCCAAUCUCAGACGGCUGAAGUUAGCCUGUGACAUAGAAAUUGACAUAUCCUAUCUUUUGGAUAUACUACCAAAGCUGCCGCAGCUAGUCGACUUGGACUUGGAAUUUAAUGACCUCCAAUCGAUGCAACACGGUCACGAUACUCCAGCAUCCGUUCUUCGCCUGCCCACCCUGAAAUCCCUCAAGCUGACUUCUAGUUGUCACGGGUGCGCCAGCUUUCUAGUCAACCUUCGGCUCCCGACAUGCUUGAAGGUGCAUAUAGACUGCAGGGCUUACGAUUACGACCUCAGCGACCUUGUCGGCGUGAUCAACGCCCUUUCCUCCUCGUGGUGGUCAACGCCACCUGAUUGUUCCCCAGCACAGCUUCCAACCUGCCCCAUCAACCAGGUCACCCUUUCAUACCCCUGGUUUCAACCGGACCUGAAACUCGCAGGUUUUUCUGACAAUGGACAGACAUCGUUCACCCUGGACGUUACUUUACCAGAGUUUGGUUCGCAAUUUGACGAUAUCCCAGGCUACGAUCAAAACCUCGUUCUUGGGGCAAUUUCGACUAUAUUCGAAUAUUUGGACAUAGAGCAUUUGGAGUUGGAAGGAGAAUUGGCACGGCAAGGAGAGGCCGAGGAUACUUUCGCCGACAUUUUGACAUCCUUCGAUACUGGGUAUCCUUGCAUCCAAUCCAUCACCAUCAAGUCGUCCUUCCUACGCGACUUCCUAGCUUUCCUCAAGGACGAGAUCGGUGAGCAGCAGGUGCCCUUUACAAGAGACGAGGCAGCCGAGUUGUACAUGCGCUAUCCAACGUUCGAGCUGCUGACCCUGGAAGGCCUGGAAGGGGCGUCCGUGGCAGACACCGAGUUCAUCGAGAUGUUCGCUGGGAGGAUGCUGUGUAAUCGUCACAUCAUUGAGCGGGGGUUCCAUGACUUGUCCGAGGUAGCAGAGGACGACACUUGA